UGUUUAAAUUUAGGCCACGAAGUCUAACGGAACUUAUCUUCACUUCUGCUUUUUUUACAGUUUUAUCUUUAACUGUAUUUUUUUCAAAUACGUCUAUUUUUGAAAACAUAUAGAAACACUACGACUAUUUUUCAAUUAGCAAAUAUCAUUAAAAUGUAUGAUUAAAUUUAUGAUCCACUUCAUGCCGUAUGUUUUAUUCCUAUCACCUUAUAUUUUAUUUUAUAUGGCACAAUGAGGACAUGAGGUUUAGAAUUUUUAAUCCACUUUUCGACUUUUUUAUAUCCUUAAAAUAUUUAUGCCUUCAUCAAUGGUUUAGCAGUCAAUAAUUAAAUUUAUAUAUUAUUUUGCAUUACGGUUAAUUAAUACAAUUAAAAUUUAAUUGAAGAUUAAUAAUUUAAAAGUAUUUUUAGUGUUAAGUGUAGUGAAAAAAUAUGAAAAAUAUUUUACUUUGCAAUCUUAGUUAGGUAUUUGUUAUACUUGAACAAAAACAAUUCAAAUUCUCAUGUUAAGGCAAAGAGAUGGUCACAAGUUAUGGACGAAUCAUUAGAUGAACGUCACGACGCAGAGAUUUUUCGAGCUGUAUUUGAAUCAAUGAAACAAUGGGAAUCACACAAAAAAAAUUCAUUCCGAAUAAAAAGAGAAACAUCUAGAGUAUGUUAUGAAGAUGUAGGUUGUUUCGAGGAUACUGGACCUUUUAGCUAUUUAGAAAUGCUUCCAUCACCGCCUAAAGAUGUUGGUACUAGAUUCUUUGUAUAUGGAAGUCGAAAAGCAAGAUCAGUACCCAUGGAAGUUUCUGCUGAUGAUAUAAAUACGAUAGAAAAAAACGCUAUAGAUCCUGAACUUCCGACGAAAAUAAUUGUGCACGGUUUCGGAUCUGAUUGUGAUAAUAUUUGGGUAUAUGAAAUGCGAUCUGCACUUAUGUCAGUACAUGAUUGUAACAUUGUAUGUGUCGACUGGAGUCCUGGUAGUGCAAUACCAAAUUAUGUAAGAGCAGCAGCAAAUACGAGGCUUGUAGGAAGACAGUUAGCAAAAUUUAUAAGAAGUCUCAAUGUACCUCUGAAUAAAGUUCAUAUGAUUGGAUUUAGUUUGGGUGCACAUGUAGCAGGUUUUGCUGGCGCAGAGCUAGCUAAUGUCUCCAGAAUCACCGGUCUUGAUCCCGCAGGACCUCUAUUUGAAACUCAAGAUCCACUAGUAAGGUUGGAUAAUAUGGAUGCUCAUUUUGUUGACGUGAUACACAGUAAUGGUGAACAAUUAAUUCUCGGUGGUUUAGGAUCGUGGCAACCUAUGGGUGACGUUGACUUUUAUCCCAAUGGUGGACGAAUGCAAACAGGGUGUUCCAAUUUAUUUCUGGGUGCAGUAUCUGAUUUCAUUUGGUCUAGCUCAAUUGAAGGAAGAUCACUUUGUAAUCACCGACGAGCAUACAAACUUUUUACUGACUCGGUGAGUCCGAAAUGCCGUUUUCCGGCGUUUCCAUGUGAAAAAGGCUAUGACGGCUUAUUACAAGGUGAAUGUUUUCCUUGUGGUCCUGAUAGGCUGUGUGGUGAUAUGGGUUAUUACAGUGAUACUUCAAGUGCCCGAGGACAGUUGUAUUUAAUAACUCGAGAAGAAGAACCGUUUUGCGCUCUUCAAUAUCAAAUAAAAGUAUUUAAUAGCCAUAGAAAAAGACCUACAAAAAGUUAUGGGAAGUUGCAAAUCACGUUAGUUGGUUCUGGUUCUUUAAAUGAGACUUUCACUAUGACGCGAAAGGACGAUGAAGAACUUUUAGUUGGAACGAUUCUUCAUAAAAUUGUUGUACCUCACCCAGUGGUCGUUAACUUGAAAGCAGUCGAGAUAAAAUAUACCGCUUACAGUGGUUGGAUUUCAUCAGGUCUCGUUUCAUGGAACAUUGACAAAGUUUCCGUUGUUGAUAGCUUCGGUAGAAGCAUUUCUGUUUGCAAGAAAAAUCUUGCUCUUGAAUCGGGGCAUUCCGUUUAUUUGCUACUUUAUCCCGGUGAAUGUAACAUUCCAAGAGAAUCCGAUAAUUAUACUUCAAUUGAUAGUAGUUUUCUUUUGCCAGAAUCAACAACCACAGAAGUAAAUGCAAUAAAAAAAACUUUCGAUGUAAAAAUAGAGUCAAGUAAUAUCGGACCUUUCACAAAAAACCAAAAUUUCGAGCCAGCAAAUAGGUAUUCAGUUCUAACAUUUUCGAGUGAAAAUAGUAAAUUACAGAGGAACUUCGGUCCAUUUACAAAAGAUCAAAAUUUAAAGAUGUCAUUAAUUGAUGAUAUAAAUUCUUCAAAUCAACAUCAGGAUCAAAUAUCAGUCAAAAAUGAUAGUAGUAAAGAUAAUUCUAAUUUUUGGCUCUUUGCCGACGUCAAUGAUACUGGAUCGAAUUUAUUAGAAAACCCAGUAGUAGAAAGUGGAAGAGGAUUUUCUGGUGCUGAAUAUAUUCUUUCUACUUCCACAAGUUCUACAGUGCCCACAGACUCAAUACCGACUAUCGAUUUUCAUAUUGAAAUACAUGAACCAGUAUUACAAAUCAAUAAACAUGAAACUGGUAGAUCAAUGCGGCUACCGGAGAUAACAGAGCCACUUCUAAGACCACGUAUAACAAAGAAUAUCAAAGUUACUGAGAAUUUGGAAACGACUGAAAAGAACCUAGAACAUAUUUGUUCGGACUGUGGUAAUGAAGACAAUACAAAAAAAGGAUUUACGGUCCAAUUUCUACCAGAAAGACUUGCAAAUAUUCUAGAGCAAGCAGAACGGUACGCACGGCGAACAUUUCUCCCUCUGAUAUCACAAUAUACCCCUAGCUUCAUUGAUGGACAACAAGAAAACCUUAAAUACUUUCCUUCGUUGAUUAAUGCUUCAGAAAAAAAUGGUUCAAUCUCCAGUUAUAACUUUCACCCUACUUCAAUAACUAAUGAAUAUAUUCACGAGGAUUCCCAAAAUAUAAAAGAAAUAAAAUCCUUAAAUCAAUCAGAAAAGGAUGUUAAUUUUGACUCUCUUAGUACAACAAAUUCUACCACUAUUAUGUUAUCUAAAUCAGAAUCAUACAAAAUACUUACAAAUAGUAGUUAUAAUGACAGUAGCUUUCACAGCUCACGAAAUUUUAAGUCCACAGAACAAUCAAAUAAUUGGGUGCCCGUAAACAGAAGCUCAUCAGAUGGUGGAUCGAUAAAAUCUAACCCCGUUGAUUUUCGACCGUUAGAAAGUCAUGAAGAGAAAUGGGUAAAUAAAGUUAUCGAUACUAGAAUGUUACAGAUAAAUGAAACAUCAUUAUCUAACAAUUAUUAUAAUAAUAAAAGUAGUGAAAGUAGUAGUAUUCAUAAUAAAAACAAUAAUAAUAAUAAUAAUAAUAAUAAUAAUAAUAAUAAUAAUAAUAAUAAUAAUAAUAAUAAUAAUAGCCAUAACAACGCUACUAUCAAUGCUAAUAGUGCUACUACUAUUACUAAUAACCCUUUGAAAAAAAAUAUAGGCGAUGAUAUAUAAUAAGAUGUGAUAAUAUAUGAAUCUAUUUUACUGAUGACUUGGGUGUUAAAUUUAUAUAGGGUUUGAGUCAGCCAUGUUGACAUUAGCUUUGUACGCCAUUUUAGGCACGUGAUCUUAUCUGAUAAUUUAAAACUAGAUUUCGUAUAUUUUCGCAAAAUUCAUAUUGUAUAUAGUGUAAGUGGAUUCGUUGAGCAAUUCGAGUUAAUAAAAUUGUUGAUUGAUUAAUUGUUAAUUCUAACAGUACCUUGCUUAAAAAAUCCGAUAGAUUCUUAUAGCCAAGGUAUAAGGCCCUAUACUUAACUAUAUCACUUCUCAUAGACCAUUCAUUCUUAUAAAAUCUCUAUGGGAAUUUAUAAGAAACUAUUGGAUUCUAUAAGAUUUUCUAAACAGGGUAGUGAGUAUAGUUGAUCAAAUUUUUAUCCUUCAACUGUUUGUUCCUAGUGAUCACCAAGUUGCUAGAUACUCGACCUUUAAAGUUUUUUUAUAUGAGCUCGCUCAACCUGUUGACUCAGCAUCAAGAGACGAUUACAACUGUAAAUAAUAAAAAAUUUUUUGAUGACACCUAACAUAAAAUCAUUACCGAUCACCAUUAUGAUCAUUACUUCGAAGUGUAGGCCAUCUAGUCACACUGAAAAGUCCCGGUUAUAAUGAAUUGUAUAUUGGUGAUCAAAUUUUAAUUUUUCUUCAAUUUAUCUUCACGUAUUCAUCAUAUAUGAGCAUAAAUGCCCUAUAAAUGAACAUAUGUUGAUAUGUAUGAACACACACCCCGAGAAAAAAAAUGUAUGCUCAGAUAUGCAUUGUAUUUGAUAACAUGUGGUCCUAUAUAAAUAAAUUAUGACUGUAUCUGAAAAUGUAUGAAUCCUAAAUAAGAAUCAUAUAUAAACAUAAAGGAUUCUUUAUUAACAAUUCAUUUCUUAUUGCGUCUAAAAAAUAACGUAAAAUUGGAACUGCUUAAAAUUAUAAUUGAAAAACUUGCUACUUCUAAUUAUGAAUAAAAAAAAAUCAAACCUAAA